AUGACGGAAAAGGUUCAGGAAGAGCGCUCCAAGCGUGGGGAGGUGGAGAAGCGCAACCACUCGUUGCUUAUGGAGCUGGAUCAAUUGCAGAAGGAGGUAUUGGCCUUACGAGCUGCGGCUGCAGAUAGCGAGCGGAAAGCAAGCGAAGCUGCGCAAACCGAUGCCAAAUCCAGUGAUGGUGUUGCCUCGGCAAGCAAUGGCGUAUCUGCGAAGGCCCAGCUUGCUCCUGGUGCUCUUGACGAUGCAGAAGCUGGUGAAUUCUGCUGGAAAGAGCUGCUCGACGCGAAGAAAGCCAAAGAGAAGGCACUCGCGGAAGCUCACCAACGCGCCAUGCAAGUGAUGGAGCUGAACGCUUGUAUCUCGAUGCAGCACGAUGAGCUGACCGCGUUGCGUACACGAGCGAGAGAAGACCGCGAAGCGCUCGAGCAAAGUGAAGCAGCGGCCAAAGAACUCCGACAGGAGCGACAGUUGCUUACGCAGGAGACGAAAUUGCUGCAUGACAACGUUGAGCACUUGACUGCUGAAAUGGGCAAGCGCGGCACUCACUUCAAAGCGAUCAUGGAGAAGUGGACCGAGGCUCAAGCGCAAAGCGAGCAUCGCGAGCGUGAGAACGCCGCACUUCGUGAACAAUUGCAGGCUGCUCGACAGCGUGCCGAGCUUCGAGAGCGCGAGCUGGAAACCUUGAGGGACGAGCGAGAUGCGCUUCAGCACCAAGCUAAUCAGCUCAAAGGGGCUGUCGCCGCCAAAGCUGCCGAGUCGAAAGCCUUCCAAACCUAUGGCGCUAGUGCUCGCGAGCACUUGCAAAUCCAGCAAGCAGCUAUUCAACGACAUGCCGUGUACCGUCGACAGGUCAAUGGUCUUGCACGAGAUGCCAUCACUUCCCUUCGUGGUAUGCGGGCUACACUAGCACAGACUCGAGCACCACUCGUGGCCAUUCAAGGAGACUUCCGCCGAUUUCUCGAGAGACUUCGAGCGCCCGUGAUGACUCUUGUCGAACGAUCGUCUCGGUAUGCAAGAGCAGCCCAUGUCGAGCACGCACCACUGCGUCUUGCACUGCACAGUGCUGAACUUGCUCGCCGACACCUUCAUGAACAGCUCUGGCGCGCUAGGCGCGAUGCGCUGAUCAUAUGCCAGCUGCAAAAUGUCGAGCCAUCGCCAGACGCUGUUGUUGGAGACGAAAACGAGUCCGAGAAAAUGUUGCUGCGAGCAAAUUACAGCAACGGCGAACUAUUCCUACGCGAAAACGGUGCUGAUGAUACCGCUGACGAUGGAAAUGAGGUUCUGGGAGUGAAAUGCGACGCUGUUUUCUCGGACCGAGCUCGUGAGUGGGACCGUCACGAGUCCGUGACACCGGUUCUUCAGUCUGUGCUUGACGGAUGCAACGCAUGCGUCACAACGUUUGUUGGCUCGCCUCCACUUCGCAUUGCAGGCUCCAGCGCACAACAAACCGUGCCAGAAUUGCUCUUGCGCGAAUUGUUUGCGGCUGUAGGAGCUCAUGGUGAUACACGUUUUCACCGUGCGAAGUUUACCAUCAGCUUUCUGGCCGUCUUCGAUGAGACCGUGUUCGAUUUACUCGGUCUUGAAGCGAUGACUGCUCCGCCAACAGAGGCAAAUGCGUCCUCGGCGCGACAAAUUGUGGUGCUCGAGGUUCAAAACGCGGAGGAGGCUCUCAUGGUAAUCGCAGGAGGGCGCGAACACCUCACCGCCAGUGCUACUCAGCCGUUCAGCGUAAACGACUCCGUCCCUUUGUUGACCCCGCUCCUGACGCACACGGUGGUGACGGUUUGCUUAACCUACGAGAGCUUGCUCGCUGGCACAGCCCCGGUCAAGUCGAAGCUUCAAAUUGUCGAGUUAGCGUUGGGAUCUGGUAAUGGCGCAAACGAUCCAGUGAAGGCCCCACUACCGUGGUCCGAUCACCGAGAAGAAGUUAAGCAGCGGGUAGCUGUGGAAAACGGAGCGACCGCGCUGGUGACGGCACUAGCUGAGGUUCGGCUGAAGGAUGUUGCGUUUGUGCGCUAUCACAGCUCCAAGCUCACCGUGUUGCUUCAAGACACCGUAAAGCCUGGUACCAAGUUCCUCGCUCUCCAGAUGCGUUCUGCCGUGGGGGGCGGUGAUGACUCGAAGAUGGCUCCACGAAGUAGCAACCGAGACCGGUCGCUCGAGGGUUUUAUGAACCGCUUGGCGCUACAGCAAUCUCAGCCCAGCAGCGACCUCAUACUGCCCUUUUCUUCGCUCGACAUGCAGGACCAUGCUCGUCACUGCGCUGGAUCCGCAACGUCUUGGGGUGCGGAGCUGGAGGUCAUGACAAAGCGGUACGGGAAGGACGCGCUCGAUUCUCCGUCGCCGUCGCCUCCACCGGCGCCAGUGGCGUCCGUACGCAAGUCGAAAACGAAUCGGAGAAGCAGCAAAGGCCCACGAAGCAACGGAGGACAAACGGCAGCCACCGCUAAGAAGCAGGCCGCUUCAAUCCUCAUGCCAAAUGCGACUCGCGCAGCUCGACCCACGUCGAUGUCUCGCCCAGCAGCAGCCUCUGGCCCAACGGCAGGCGCGCCGCCGACGUCUCCUGCCACCAUCGGCGCCGUGCUCAAGAUCCGGCGAGAAACAGCCUCCAGCGCGCUCAAGAAGACGCUGCUCAGCCGCAAGCUGCAGGACAAACGCACCCCUUUCCGUUGA